GGAUUGUUGCAUUAUUUACUUUUGUAUUUGCGCACUAGUGUUUUGCGCAUUGUUGUUUGAGUCACAAUGGCCAGCAGCAGCACACCGCUCCGGAAGUCGGGCGCAACGCGGCUUUUCCAGACGCCACAAUCCGUCGUGCGAGAGCAACCCGCCAACGAUGAUGAAGAGGAACGUCGAUUGCGCCGCUCGGAAGCUUCGCUUGACGACAGCUUUUCAACAAACUCCACGCUGGCGCAAGACAAUGAAAACAUAAAGAUGGGUCUGAAGCUGUACUCGGACAACAAACUCAGCAAAGAGAAUGCCUGGUCGCUGACGAUCAUCGACAGUUUCGCGAAGCUGAUGUCGCGCCACUCGAAGUCGAUGCAAAACUUCCAGGUGGCCGGCUCGACACUGGAAGCUUCGACAAAGGUGUACGGGUUGCGUGUCGAUUCCGUGCACACGGACGUGAUGCGCAUGUCUUCCGAGCUUACGCGCCAGACGGCCCGCGCCAUGGGCAGCAACGCAAGGGCCGACGACGACCAUGACACCAGCGGUGGCGGCGAUGGAUCCUUUGCGGAUGGUGGCAAUAAAGAGAAUAACACGGGCGAUAACGGCCAGCAGCAGCCGAAGGCGAAGAAGAAGCGCACCCGCAAACUGGUCAGCACGGUUACAAAGUCGAAGGAUUCGAUUAACGCCGUGCUCGAUACGAUUCCGUUCACGGAUCCGUUCUUUGCGAAGCUCAACUCGGUCGUCGGGGACGUGAACAGCUCGAGCCGCUUGAUGCAAAACAUCGUCCCGACGUACAACUCCGAACUGCGCCUGCGGAUGGACUACCCGUUUUGGGAUGCAACGGGCUCACCAAAGCUCGACCUAGAUGGCCCUGAGGGGCCCUUCGAGGCCGGUGAUGAUGUUUGCAGACUGCAUGUUGCCCGUGCCAUCGGACUGGAUAAUCCUUUGCAUGAGCUGCAUCGCGGUUACAUCAUCACUGACGCACCGGCGGAAGAUGAUGAGAAGGAUAUGGACGACGAGAAACGCGGAAGCGCCACGGAGUACGAUCCGAGCCUGUGUGACAUGGAAGCUCGUAGCAAUGAGACGGGCAUGCUGAACCGGUCCGCGCUGGACGUACAGUUCGAUAUUAAUGCCGAGGUGGCGCCGGUGCCCACCGGGGACGCCUUCAUUCUCGACUACGACGCCAAGGACAUCGAUGGCGACGACGACUUUGCGGAAGAUGACGAGUUGGCGCUGGAGCAGUGCAAAGGGCUGAUGCGCAAAACGAUUCAAAUUGAGGACAUGCGACCGAUUGACUCGUCCUGCUCGAACCUCGAGUACUCCUACCGGCCGUUGGAUAACAUUUCGCAGUUCUGGGCCGGUCCGGCUCACUGGAAGUUCAAACGGUCGACUCGAGCACGGGGCACGAUAACGGUGCUGCUGUCCGGGACCGACAGUGCCAGCGGGUCGGUGGCGAAGGAACGGGUCGGUCGACGGAAGAAACGCUUCGAGCUGGACACGCUGGACGAUGUGCUGAGCGUGGACGCCAGUCUCUUCAAGGCGUACGAUCCCAACAAACCGAUCAAGGGCAUCACGAUUCAGAAGAACUCGAUUUGCAAGAAGUGGGACUCGAAGAAGCUGAAGUUGCCCACCAACUUCCAUCUCGAUCGCGAUCGCUUCGACAAGUGGCAUUAUGCCCGUGGUUUGAACGUCCGUGAUUUCAUUCGGAACGCCUCUGUGGCCAUAGAGCCGGCUCCCUCGGAAGAGUACAACUGCGAAACGGGAGACGAUCAUACAUCGUGCGGCAACGAUAUGGAUGAUGGCAGAGACGAUGACCUCGAUCAUGCAGGAGAUUUGCUGCCGGAAGCACACGUUGGUGAUCUUCGCAACGUUACGGCUACCGGUCCAACGCAGCAGCUCAACGCGACGGUGGAUGCCAUUUCCACCGAAUUCGAGGGUGCCCCCGAAAAGAUUGCCAAAAUCAACAUCGCUUACGCCAAGAAGGCCAAGCCGAUCGAUAUGAAGCAGCUGAAGAAUGGUUGCUGGCGCGUGAUCAACAAUUACUUGGUGCCCGAUGCACCGCUGACGCAACCGACGCAAGGCACACAGACGGAUCCUCUGCCAGCGCUUUCGCAAUCGGCCAAAGAUGGCCCACUAAGGUUCAGUCGAGUGUACGCCAAGGUGCCCCAACUGCUGAGCAAAACGAUGAGCGAAAACGUUUCGAAAUCUCUCGCCUUUUACGCAGUCCUGCACCUGGCCAACGAGAAAAAGCUCAAACUGCAGGGUCAGAAAGAUUUGCAGGACUUUACCAUCGAAAUGUACACCCGACCGACUGCGGUCGUCGACGAAGAUUAGUAAACUUUAGCGUAAACGU